AUGGCGCUCAAGUACUACUACGAUUUAAUGUCUCAGCCAUCUCGGGCUGUUUAUAUCUUUUUAAAGGUGAAUAACAUUCCAUUUGUACCAAAACCAGUUGCUCUUAGGAAUGGAGAACACCAUACAGAUGAAUACAAGAAGUUGAAUCCUUUCAGUUUGGUACCGGUUAUUGAUGAUGAUGGGUUUGUGCUGACAGAGAGUGUAGCCAUUCUGAAGUACCUAGCCUUGAAGCAUAAUGUGCCUGAUCACUGGUAUCCUCGUAGUGACCUCCAGGCUCAGGCCAGGGUCGAUGAAUACAUGAACUAUCAACAUUUGAACACUCGCUACAACUGCGGCAUGAUCUUCCAACAACUGGUGAUUAUACCGAGAGCCAUGCGAGCUCCAGUACAGUGGCCCAUGGUAGAGAAUGCCAGAAACAGAUUAGAAACUGUGAUAUCACAACUUGACAGUUAUUUUCUGAAAGGCAAUAAGCCAUUCCUAUGCGGUUCAGAUAUAUCAGUGGCUGACCUGCUUGGUGUCUGUGAAUUGAUGCAGCUGUAUGCUUCCUGUGAGGAGAAUAUUUAUGAGUCCAAUGCUGUAGUGAAAGCUUGGGUUGAUCGUGUCAAAGAAAGAACUGCUCCAUAUUUUGAAGAAUCAAACAAGAUAGUAAAUAAAGUUAGGGGCGUCUACGCCAAGCAGAAAGAAGCACAGCAGAAUGCUAAGUUGUAGUUACAAUGUUGACUUUGUAGGUACAGAGAGAUCAAACUUUGCUGACACAUAAUUAAUGAGAGAGAUUAAGCACAUAGUGUAGUACAUUGUCUGGCAUGGCUGUGUUUUAGUGAAUUCAGAGAGAGUGAUAAAAUAUUGGAUGGAAAAAGAUUGAAUCAAAGAACAUCAGAUGAAAAAAACAAAAUUUUUGAUGUACAAAAUAUUUAUACAGAUGCUUAGUGAUUCUUUAACUAAUUUUUCCAACUUACAAUUCUUUGUAUUAAGGAAUAUAUUAUGUAUAUGGUAAACAGUCAUCAUAUAUAUUUAUGGUAACCAGAACAAAUAAUGUUUUCAAUCAAUUAUUUACUAUUGUUAGAGACUUGAGUGAUAGAAGUUGAUUCCUUAUUUCUAUCAUUUUAUUUGAAAACCUAUUUUGCAGAUAAUGUCAAACAUUUUAAAACAUUGUGGACAUUUACUACAAACAAGCAAUCAAAAUGAUAUUGUAAAUAAGGACAUAAUGAAUAAGGACAUAAUGAAUAAGGACAUUUAUAUAUGAGAAGGUUACUAAGCAGAGUUAUUAAAAAUGAUUAUCGUUCAAAAAUCCGAGCUUUUAAACCUUGCAUUAUUACAGAACCAACUUAUGAGAGUUUUACAAUAAGUAUCAGACACAUGCAAGCUUUAUGAUUUAGAAGCAUUGCAGAGGUUUGAUGUUAUUUUUUGCUAGUUUUUAAUUGUUAAUCUAUAAGGCAAUAUACACGUUGAAUUGUUUUAGUCUAUAUUUCAAUAAAAAAAUAUCACCAAACAAAUUA